AUGAGUUCACUUCACUAAAAACUGGGACGCUCUUCAUUUUUCCACAGAAGAAAGAACUCGACAACUUUUGCGUCAACCAGCCGCGGAAUACAUGCACAUAAUAGCUACACCACAACACCGUCAAUCCAUCCAAACGCCGUCACCAUGUCGCUUGGAAUCACUUUUAACUUUUGCUCAACACGAAAUUAGUUUCCUCACUUUGCAAAGAAAGAAGUUUGUCCGACAGCACAUAUAAGUUUCAAACUCAAGAGCACAUUGUACCAACAACAAAAAUCAAGGUUUUCUCUCCCACCCUCUCCAAACAAGUGACGAAAUCCUGCGAUAAGUAGUGCAAGCAUGUGGCUGAUACAUCCAACACUUGAAAAUUCUUAUCAUCCUGUUGCAAAUUAGAGCAGGAAAAGUGAAAUCUAGUCAAACUUAAGCAUUUCUCGUGUUGAAAGGUCAAAUAUCUUCAAAGUGGAAGUUGCAUCAGGACGAUUGACAAUUGUGGCUCAUAUGAAGUCAAGUGGUGCACAUGAUUCUUUCCGCUUGUGCAGAGAGCAAAUACAAAUUGUGAUUCUGUUGUACAAUACGAUGCUCACUGGCUCGUAAUUUGUUGCAACGGCAAACAAACGUGUCUCAUUACACUUUGAUUUUGUGAUUAAUUGCUGGUGUUGCCCAAGGCAGGGAUGACUUUACACCUGAACCACACUUCUCGCUGAAGAAAAGACAAGUGGCGAAGCAAUUAGGACGACACGAAAACAAAUCACUCGUCCAAAGUAAUCGGAGGCAGGAUGAGAGUCUUGAGAGUGUUUCGCACACUGUGCUGUGCAAUAGGCAUACUUCACUCCACGGUGAUUUUCACUGCCUCGGAAGCCCAGAGGAAUUCCAACCGAAAGGCCAAGGACUUAAGAAAGCCCAACAUAAUUAAGACCGAUUCAAACCCGGCAGUGAAUCAAAGCCCAGGAAUCGACGAGGUCAUGUCGACUCUAAAAGAAAUCCAAUUCCGAAAAAGACGCAUUGACGAUAACAAUAUUAAGUUGGACACUUCUUACUCAAAUGAUUUAGUCGGCUCUGAAAUUAGUUUGAGGUUGAAGACGACCUCACUUCAUCAUCAUCGCACUGUGAAAAGUAUUGAUUACUUGGUUCUUCUGGAGGAGGAGGAGGAAGACGAGGAUAAUGGGGGCGAGAUGAAAUCGCAAUCGCUUCCUCCUCACGAAACGACGACUUUCAUAAUUCAAAUGGCCAAAGAUUCUUCCAUUGAAGAAAUCUGGAAAUUCAAUAAGGACAUUAACGACCCUGAUUUUCUUAUGAGAGACGCCUACGUGGAACUAAGUUUACCACAUCACAUGCACUGCUGGGACGAUGAAAGAGCCGAAUCCCAUGGAUAUGGUGACGCUGCGAAGGACGAGUCGGCAGGUGGUGGCAGGGACGAUGAGGAAAUACCACAAAACUCAAUGAGAUUUGAAUCAAUUAGUUCCGCAACCAGAAUACGACAUCGUCAAUUCCACCCGAGAAGCAGGGAUCAUAAUGUUCCUACCCACCAGGCCUACAGCAGCCUUCUGCUGCUCCCCUUAGCUCUCACGCCGCAGGACGUGGGAGGAGAUGAUCCCAGGGACACGGCCAUAACUGCCGCAAUUGUCAAUUACACGUCGUGGACCGCCUAUGUGAACAACACCCGUUUCGGAGAUUCGGAUCAGGAUGAUGGGUGCUUUGCUGGGAAGAAAAGAAAUUCGUCAGGUUUAUGUCUCAACAAAACGAACAGUUCCGCGGAAGCAGAGCCGGCAGAGAGGAACGAGGAGAAAGAGAGCCAGCCUGGGGGAAAGGCUGGCGUAACGGGAUCCACGACGACUACUCCCACCAUAAAAAAUCAUGAAUCAAAGCCAAAAUUAGCCAUUGAAGGAAAUAAGAUUCUAAAUCUGGGGUACAACUGUGUAAGCGAGGAUCGUCGUAAAACGUCCACCGGAAGUGAAAGUUAUGGUGAUGAUGAUGAUGGCGGUGGUGGUCAAGUCCUGGUGAUCAACGCCCUCCCACUUAUCCGAAUGUGGUUAGGAGAGCGAAAAUUUUGUCCAGACACGAGCAGAGAUUUGGGAACCUUGGUGUUUGCUUUGAUGAUUGAUGGAAGCGUGGCAAAGUCCGAGGAAGAAGGGGAGCAAGUGGCCACCGCGGAUCAGCAGGAGUUGGACGACGACGACGAGGAGGAUGAGAUGGCGAAGGAGAAAGUUGGUCAGACAGCAGCCACCUCGACCGAGGGGAGAGACGGAGGCGUGGGAGAGAUGCAGCAUCACCAUCAUCAUCAUCAUCACCAUCGCCUUCUUUUAGGAGGCGAUGUCGAGGCAAUCAUCCGGCUCAAAUACGUGAUGGACCGCAGGUGCAUUCUAUCUCUUCCGUCACUACCCACGACGGUGAGGACUGUCAAAGAGAAAGGCGGCCAGGACGACGACGAAGGCUUUGGUGUCCGUGGUGCGGGGGAGGAUGAAGAAAGUGGCAAUCGCGAUGUAAUCUGCAGGCUGAGGUCGUAUUGUAUCCCAACUUCUGAGUGCAGAGUUUGGUGCGACUUUGAAGGGCCGUGUCCCUGGAAGUGGGACAUUCCCAAGGCUGGCGAGGCAGGGUUUCGCAGAAUGUCGGCAGCCCAGGUGGUCACCAAGAUGAAGAAACAGGGCGAAUGGGCCUUCCGUGGGCCGAUGAAAGACUCACAAAACAAGACUGAUGGUAAUUUUAUAAUCCUCGCGUUUGAAAAUGGAACCAAGCAGCAGCAGAGCCAUUACCGGCUGAGCAGCCCGUGGUUCAAGGGCUCUCAGACCAACUGCAAUUUGCAAGCCAACGUGCACAUGCAUAACUUGGAUACAGUUGCCCUCCGCAUGGUCAUCAGCACUCGGAACCAUUCCUCCUACGUUCCCAUGUCCGUGCUGGGAAACAGCAGAAACUCAUGGGAAAAAAUGAAGCAGAUGGUGGGUUCACAGUCUCAAGAAUUCCAAAUCGUUUUGGAAGUGGAUAACUUCAGCGGAGUCCCGUCCCAUUUUGCCAUCGAUGACAUCCGUCUCGUCGAUUGCUUUCCAAGCGAUAAACCCUGCAACGCCACAUGCUCCUCCAGAGAAUUCCAAUGCAGCGAUGGCACUUGCAUCAAUCGAAACCAAAUCUGCGACCUAAACCAAGACUGUCUCUUUGGGGAGGACGAGGACCAACAGUGUGAGAAAAUGCCUGUCAACACGACUUGCACGUUCGAGAAGGGUUGGUGCGGGUGGAAGCCGGCCAUCUCGGCGCAAAACAACAUCAGUUGGGAACGGACCAACAAACCUUUCUUCACGGACAAGACGGGACCCCCGAUGGAUCACACCUUCCAAAACUCGUCAGGUCACCUUCUGCUGGUGAACAUGAGGGUGAAAAAGUCUCCAUUUCAACAAGCCGUGCUCCGUUCUCCCGUGUUUCCACAUCCUCCAGCAUACAAUCAAAAUCGGAGUUCUCCAUUCUUCGAAAGCUGCCAGCUCCGUUUUUUCUACCACAUGUAUGGAGCUCACGUCGAGUCCUUGGACGUGGAGCUGGUGCUAAAAAACCCGAGAAACUCUUGGGCCAAACCCAUCCGUUUUUGCGAGAGGAAAGGGAACCAGGGAAAUAUGUGGCAGAGAGCGUCCUGCAAAUUGCCAAGCAUCAAGGGCAGCAAAAAGUAUUACUUGCAAAUAACUGCGACGAAGGGGAUUCGAGGUGAAGUAGGCGACAUUGGGAUCGAUGAUAUUUCUCUCAGCCCCGAAUGUGUCGGAUUGGGAGUUCCACCCAAUCUCGUCGUGGGGUACAAUUACUCAGAAAUCCUCAACGCUUCAGAUGAGUACCCAACGAACUUGACAGUGUCGUACCGAAUCACAUCCUGCAACAGCACUGGUCGCGAAGGCCCAACGAAGGAGCAAUGCAAAACAUCCUACAACGGCUCCAUCGUAUCCUCGCAAAUGAGCAUGGACAAAAAUCGACCAGGCGUUCAAAUCUGGACAGUUCCAGAGUCCAAAACUUACACACUGAUUGCGAAAGGGGCUCGAGGUGGUCGUGGGGCGUUGGUUAAUCAAAUGACGUCUCACGGGUCGGUCGCAAAAACCGCAAUGUAUCUCCGGAAGGGGGAACAAAUCUACAUCCUCGUUGGGCAAGAAGGCACCUCAAUUUGUGAACAGGCAUCGGUCCACUCGGUCGAGAAGGACCAGAUUUGUCGUGGCACUGUGGACAAGUAUUCCGCCCUGUCGCUCGUCUCCCAGCUGCGAAAGAACGUGAGACAGGCAACUCUGCCACCCACAUCCAAACCACGACCUUCAGAUGAUCCCUUCGGCAAGUUGAUCUCGUUCAACAAGCUGAACGGGGGCGGUGGGGGUGGAGGUGGUGCGACGUUCGUAUUCCGGAUGAAUGGGAAGGCGCUUAUCCCGAUACUGGUUGCUGCCGGUGGAGGAGGUUUGGGUUACAAUGCUUCAUCCUCAAUCUCGCCAAAUGGACGAGGGCUCGACGUGUCUCUUCAACCACAAUCCGGAUCAACGCAGAGCUGGGGAGCAGGCGGCGGAGGUGGCUGGGAAGGUCCAAUUGUGAAAAACAACAAUACGGUGGACCGGAAUAUCAGCUUCAACGCGAGGUUCCGGACUCCCCAAGAGUUUCAGGAUGACUCCACCAUGCUCGUGGCGGCCGGGCUUUCUCUCUUCGAGGGCGGGCUGGGUGGGAAGCCCUGCAUUGCUUCUGAAUCGUGGGGGGCAAGUGGGGGAUUUGGCGGAGGCGGAGGCGGAUGUACGUCCGGAGGAGGAGGUGGUGGUUACAUUGGAGGAAAUGCCCAUGUCAGUCUAUCUGCGAAUGGCGAGGGUGGCCUGUCCUUCUACUCAAAGGCGCUGGGUGGGUUGCACCAAACCGUGGAGGCUGGUGUACAUGGAGGAUCAGGAGAAUUUCUGGCGAUUCCGGCGUUCCCCGGUUGCGGUUGUCACCAUUCCUGCGUUCAACUUGAUGACUUUGAGCUUAAUUCCGCCUGUGUUUGCGAGGAAAAUUGGAUACUGAGUUCAGAUGGUGUCACUUGUUUGGGUCGCUAUGAUAUUCCCGUGAUAGCCAUCGUCGUUAUCUGCGUCGUUAUCUUCCUCAUUGUCGGACUCGUUUGUUUCUGCCUCUACAAUAGAUACCAGCGUCAGAAAGUGAGCAUGCUACGAAGAAAGGUGAUGGGUGGCCCAGAAUUGCAACUGAGCAGACUGCGAGCCCAGGCAGGUCCGGGUGGAGUGCUCACCGAGUAUAAUCCCAACUACGAGUUUGGAGGCGAGACCUACACCCUCACAGAUCUCAAGGAGAUUCCUCGGGAGAAUCUUCGUCUCGUCAAGGCGCUGGGCCAAGGAGCGUUCGGAGAAGUCUAUCAAGGAUUCUACCGACAUCGGGACGGUGAUGCAGUCGAGAUGCCCGUCGCUGUCAAGACGUUGCCAGAGUUGUCCUCGAACCAGGCUGAGAUGGAUUUCCUAAUGGAAGCUCUCAUCAUGAGCAAAUUCAAUCACCCCAAUAUCGUCUGGUUCAUUGGAGUCUGCUUCGAUAAACAUCCGCGAUUCAUCAUCCUCGAACUGUUGGCUGGAGGCGACCUCAAAACCUUUCUCAGAGAAUCGCGUCCAAAACCGGACAAGGGCUCCCCUCUGUCCAUGAAGGACUUGUUGCUGUGCGCCAUGGAUGUGGCCAAGGGGAGCAAGUACCUCGAAGAUAACCACUUUAUCCAUCGCGACAUUGCUGCGAGAAACUGCCUCCUCACCACCAAAGGCCCUGGACGAGUCGUCAAGAUUGCUGACUUUGGCAUGGCCAGAGAUAUCUACAGAGCGGACUAUUACAAGAAAGGUGGAAAGGCAAUGCUACCUGUCAAGUGGAUGCCUCCAGAGGCCUUUUUGGACGGAAUUUUCACCAGCAAAACUGACGUCUGGUCAUACGGGGUUCUGUUGUGGGAGAUCUUCUCGCUCGGCUACAUGCCGUAUCCUGGCCGAGGCAACCAAGAUGUGAUGCAGUUGGUAACGAAUGGGGGGCGACUUGAGGCACCGUCGAACUGCCCAACUCCCGUCUAUGGAAUCAUGACCCAGUGCUGGCACCCCAUUCCGGAAGAGCGACCCCACUUCUCAACAAUAAUGGAACGCCUAGGGUACUGCAUACAGGAUCCAGAGGUCGUGAACGCUCCAUUGCCAAUUUUCCAACGUCCGCCAUCGUCCGAAAGGGAUGCCACGUUGAUGCGACCCCUCAAUUCGGAUGAUUCCACUACCUCCUGCCUUCGCAUCGUUCAAGGGCAUUACCCCAGAAGUUCACAUCACUCAUCCCUGAGUCACAACGAGCCCAUGUCGCCCAACUCAUCCACUGCGGAUUAUCUGGUUCCACUUACCCCACUGUCAAACCCAACCACACCUCCGCCCCCACCAGAUUCCGCGGUGACUUCACCCACGUCCGACAUCCCAGAAUCCCACUCCACAGAAACGAUCCUCGAGGACGACGAGGUUGCGAGUGACCAGAACGACGUGAGCUCAUCCAAGGACACCGCCACAACCAACAAGGGACGAUUCAAGAGCAAUUUGAAGGCAGGGUCCAGACCCAGCUCCACCUCUGGCGGCACCAUCAACGGGAUGGACAACGGCAUCACGUUGACACCCUCCAACCUCAACGCCAACAUCAACGUGACCGUGAAUCCCAGCGAAGUCACGAAUACAAAGCUGAAUUCCACGAAGAAAGGGGCGCAGUACAUUGACUCGAAACGAAAGGGUGACAAAACACCAGAUGAAGAAAUUCGUUGCUAGAUUAUAUAUUUGCUUAUAACUAUUUGUACACUUGCAGUAAGAAAAUAUGAUAUCGUUGUAUUGGUGGUUGGUUAAGCAUGAAUUGUAUAUUAUUGAUUCUAGUUUAGGCAAAAAGAGGAAAUUAAUCGAGAGACCCGAGACAAAAUUGUUUUAUACAAUUGACACUUUCACACUACAAGUUAGCUGAGAACGACUAUGUAUAUACGUAAAUAUAUAUAUAUAUAUUUUGAUAACGUGAUAUGAUCGAAUUGCACAAUAAACUGUGUAACAAAAAUAAUAAUAUAAAGUGAACAGAUUGCAUAUGUACUACAAGUGAAAAUAAAUACUAUGAAAAGCUUGCAGGGGUUCGGAACUGUUAUUUAUAUAUCUUCUUUAGUUGUAUGAUAGCGACAAAAUUUUCAUAAAAUGUACGUGUUCCGUAAUCUUAUUAGUCCAAAGAGUUAUGUAUGAUGACUUUGUUGUGCUACGUUUUUAAGCAAAAAAUAUUAAUUAGAGCUGAGCGAGACUAGAUCAUUUAAUAAAGUAAGAACUAGUCGACAAAAAAUAUGUAUGGUGCGGAUGACUAGUAGAGAUAUCGCAAUACAUAUGUAUGAAAAACCAAGAUUUCUCUUUACUUGCUACACUUUUGAUAUGUCACGGUUCAUUUGCAAAAUCAAACGAGGACCAACAACGUAUUUGGUAUUUGUAUAACAGAGUAGUUGGUACUGUUUAAAUUAGAUCAGUGUAUUUAGACUAAGAAGACGCCCUCCCUUUGUGUCCAAUGUGAAUUGAGAGGAUUUGCCGUUAUGGUGGCUGACGUAUUUUUUGUGAGUGGUGAACAUUUGAAAUUAUCCGAAAAAGAUUUUAAUUGUACAAAGCAACGGAAAUGAUAUUUGUUGACGAGAGAAAGACGUUUGUAAUUUUCUAUACGUCAAAAUAUUGUCAUUUAAAUGGCUAACGUAACCGAGUGGUCGAAACCAUAGUGAAAACGACGAGUAGUUUACUUGCCACUAAGAAAAACGAGGUUUUUGAGGAGGUUGGUGAGAAGGCGUGAUUGAAUAUUACAUAAAAAUGGAACGGAUUUAUGUAGAAGAAACAUAGUUAUGACGUAAAUACGUACAGUAGUCGUGCGCGUCUAUGUAUCUGUCUCCGUAGAAAAUUGUCUCUGCCAGAACCAGGUACGUGCCAAAGCUGCACACCAUGUUUAACACACCCACCAUUGUUACGGCUAAUUGUUGUGUCACGUUCAUUUUUAAAGCGUUUGAGGAGAAAGUAAAUAUAUGAUUUAUGUACCUUGUUGAUUAUUACGAUGUUGUUGUUUACGUGGAACGAGAGCUUUCUCUCGUUUCCACUUGGUGCUUACAUUUACGAAUUGUUAUAAUUGUACACUAAACCUGUUAACCUACACAUGUACUUUAAUUGCACUCUUGUUUUCACAAUAAAUGCAAAUAUACAAUCAUGCAAAUGUU